GUGGGGGGACCCCUCUCCUGGGCCUGCUUCCCAUCCUUGCUGCCAUCCUUUGUGCUGCCCAUCCUUCCUCCGUCUGCCCAAUCCAUCCUCCCCGGUGCCCGCCGCCAUGCCCAUCUUCUCCUUGCAGACCAACGUGAGCCGGGCCGCCGUGCCCGACGCCCUGGCCUCCGAGCUCACCCAGCAGCUGGCCCAGGCCACGGGAAAGCCCGCUCAGUACAUCGCGGUGCACAUCACCCCCGACCAGGUGAUGGCCUUCGGGGGCUCCUCCGACCCCUGUGCCCUCUGCAGCCUGCACAGCAUCGGCAAGAUCGGAGGGUCGCAGAACAAAACUUACUCCAAGCUGCUCUGCGGUCUGCUCACCAAGCACCUGAACAUCCCUGCUGACAGGAUUUACAUCAACUACUUCGACAUGAACGCCGCCAACGUAGGCUGGAAUGGCUCCACCUUCGCCUGAGAGCUUCCACGCCCGCCACGGCCUCCGCACCCCCUUGACCGCUGUCGCAACCCUACCGGACCCUUGACCUCGGCUCUUCCGUGUGUCCCUCGUCAGGUGGUUGGCGCUUCUCCUCUCCCACCGUCCAGCUGCUGCCGUGACUUCCGGCCCCUAGGUAGAAGAGAAAUAAAUGACUUCAAAAUAAA